AUGUCUGCCUCCGCCUACAACUACGAAACCGUCAAGGUCUCAUUCCCCGCCCAAUUCGUCGCCCAUGUCGAGCUCAACCGCCCCAAGAAACUCAACGCCAUCAACGAUACCAUGUGGACCGAUAUCGGCGCCGUCUUCAACCAGCUCCGCGACGAUGAGGAUGUCCGCGCCAUCGUCCUCUCCGGAUCCGGUCGCUGCUUCACCUCUGGCCUCGACCUGUUCUCGCUCAACCUCCCUGUUGUCCCUGAUGAUGCGUCCCGCACUGCCUUCAAGAAACUCCAAGACAGUCUGACUGCCAUCGAGAUCUGCGACAAGGCCGUCGUCGCCGCUAUCCACGGACCCUGCAUCGGUGGUGGAAUCGACAUCACCACCGCCUGCGAUAUCCGCUAUGCCUCCAAGGAUGCCUACUUCUCUGUCAAGGAGGUUGACAUUGGCUUGGCUGCUGAUGUUGGAAGCCUUCAGCGUCUCCCCAAGGUUGUCGGUAACAUUGGUUGGGUUCGCGAGCUUUGCCUCACUGGCCGCAAGUAUGUCCUCGGCUUCGACUCGAAGGAAGCGUUGGAGCAGGGAUUCAUCUCCAAGGUUGUUGAUGAUCACAAGGCAGUUCUUGCCGCUGCUCUUGCCACUGCCACUUUGAUCGCUGAAAAGUCGCCUGUUGCUGCCAUCGGUACCAAGCACAUCCUCAACUACUCGCGUGACCACACCGUCCAGGAGGGUCUCGACUAUGUUGCCACCUGGAACCAGGUCAUGUUGACCACCCCCGAUCUCCCUAACGCAGCAGCAGCUCAGAUGUCAAAGACCAAGGCUGUCUUUGCCAAGCUGUAA